AUGACAGUCAUCGCUUCAUCCCCCAUCCAGUCGGACCAAUCCCAACCGUGGCAGGAGAUUGAUCGGCUGGUGGAGAAAUAUUCUGCGCACCCAGAUACACUCGAUCCCAAGCUCGAAAAAGCUGUGGUUCUUCUUACAGGAAGUUCAGGAAGCUUAGGGUCGCACUGUCUAACACAGCUAGUUCAAUCCAACCAAGUGAGCCAGGUUAUUUGUGUUCUCCGAAAUAGUCAGAGUCCUAGCCCAUCUGUCAGCCCCAAGGCCUAUCGCCAGCAGCUGCAGGAGAAGAAGAUAUUCCUCUCCGAAGCCGAAUGGUCUAAAGUUACCUUCAUCACUUGUGAUCCGACGGACUCCCACUUGGGACUUGACGCAAGCGAGUAUCGAGAUGUCCAGCGUCGUAUCACUCAUGUUGUGCACGCUGCCUGGCCCAUGGACUUUCGUCCAGGUUUAUCGUCACUCUGUGAUCAAUUCCAGUUUCUCCGCCAUCUCCUGCUUCUGGCCUCGUGCGGGGGCAUGCGCCGGCGAUUCCUCUUCGUCUCUUCCAUCGCAGCGGUGGCCCAACGUGGGCUCACUCCAGCCCAUGCGGGUGAAUUAAUCGAGGAGGCUUCCAUGGUCUCCCAGAAGUCUGCUACCGGACUGGGAUAUGCCGAUGGAAAGAUCGUCUGCGAGAAGAUCCUCGAACGGGCGGCAGCGACGUAUCCGGACCAGCUGGAGAUCGCCAUAGUCCGAGGAGGGCCUAUCGUAGGAUCUCGCGCCACGGGCAUUUGGACCACCAAGGAGGUGGUGCCGAUGAUGUUGCGAUCAUCGUUGAGCCUUGGAAAGCUGCCCCAGCUGCGGGGGACGUUGUCGUGGAUGCCCGUUGACGAUGCGGCCGCCGUCUUUUGCGAGAUUCUUCUUGCGCCGCAUCCGCUGGCGCCGGUCUACCAGGUGGAGAAUCCCAUCCGUCAGGCAUGGAGCGAUCUGUUGGACACCGUGGGCCCUGUCCUGGGGCUGACCACGCGAAUCCCCUUCGACGAGUGGCUAGCUGCUGUGGUGGACGCCGCCGAGACGGAGGGCUCCACACGCAGGUACCCCGUGUUGAAGCUGAAGGCAUUUUUUGCGCGGUUGUUCCAACCUGCCGUGUGUGGGCAUGUUAUCCUGGCCACUGAUCGCUCCCGGGCCUGUUCGCCCACUCUGCGCCAGAUGAGGGCCGUGGAGGAUGAAGUGGUGCUGAAGUUUGUGCAGCACUGGAAGGACAUUGGCUAUUUUGCAUAAGCAGCACUGUAUCCCUGUCGUACCUGUGGCUUAGGCCGAUCACCGCACUGCAGAGACGAGAGAAUGACGCAUUAACCUCUGACCUGUUAUUCCUUUGAAUAUGCACACUUUUACUCCUC